CCAGGCCCUGCCCAUCCUGGCCGCCCGCUUCCCUGUUUUCACUUCCUCGAAACCGCCACGGCCGCUGCGCCCUGCUUGCUCCUGCCCCUCCCACGAUACCCUCACCCGUGCUCCCCUCUGCCUGCCUUGUCAACCAAGGACCUGCCCAGCAGAACCCCUCGGAGCACUCAGCCCAGCACCUCGCGAAGGGCAAGUAGCUACCACCAUCACGACAAAUACAACAACAAAGGACAAACACACCUGGAGCACACGACAACGCACUUGGCCAGCAAUCAUGGCCACGCCGGCCGAGUCCGCCCCUGGCCCUGCCGAGCACAACGACGCCCCAAAGACUGGCCCGCAAAUGCCCGCUCAAGCAGAACCACAAGCCCCCACCACAGCUCCCGCCCCUGCGACGCAGCCAAAUAGCAACAACAACAACCAGCUUGCGCCUCCGCCGCCGACGACAGAAGCAACUGCAACUGCAACUGCAACUGCAACCGCGACGGCAAACGCAAAGCCCACCACAGCACCAGCCCAGGACGACGUCAACCCUCCAGACUUCCAGGGCGAGGUCGCUACAAACAACGACCUGCCCUCCCAGGAUGUCAUUCGUCAGAUCCAGGACUACACCGUCCUCGACCGCAAUGGCAAGACACGCCCCUUCAAGAGUCUCUAUUCGGGCCACAACGUGCCCCGUCGCGUGCUCAUCAUCUUCAUUCGCCACUUCUUCUGCGGUAACUGCCAAGAGUACAUUCGCUCCCUCUCGCCCUCCAUAACUCCCGAGACCCUCCUCGCCCUCCCCGUCAGCACCUUUGUCGUCGUCGUCGGGUGCGGCACGCACGAGCUCAUCGACACGUACAUCAAGGAGACGGGCUGCCAGUUCGACGUCUACGCGGACCCGACCCGCCGGCUGUACGACAAGCUCGGCAUGAUCCGCACCCUCAACAUGGGCUCCAGGCCGGCGUACCUCCAGAACAAGAACGUCGCCCAGACGGUCGUGUCCGGCGUCAUGCAGGGGUUGAAGCACCUCAAGUCCGGCCUCGCGCUCAAGAUGGGCGACCAGCGCCAGGUCGGCGGCGAGUUCCUCUUCGAGCCGGCGUCCCUCUCGCUCGACACGCCAGUCACCACCCCGCAGAGCGACAUGGGGAGGAAUCCCCUGGACGCCGAGGUGGGGGCACCUCGCGAAGAGGGCAAGGCAGAAGAAUAUCUAAUGGGCAACGGCAACAAGGCUACAACCAGCACUGCCAACGGCGGCGGCGGCGGCCGGCCAGGCCUCCACGACGAGUCACAGCACGGCAUCGAGGAGAAGCGUGUGACGUGGUGCCACCGGAUGAAGACGACGCGCGACCACGCCGAGAUCCCCGAGCUCAUGGAGGUCCUGGGCCUCACGUCGGGCGGCGAGCCGAUAUUGCUCAAGGAGAAGGACGAGGCCCGCUUCGGCAAGGCUCUGCGCUCCCGCAAAGGCACGGGGCUCAGCCUGGCGAGCCAGAUGAGCCGGAUGAGCAUGGAUGCGCACAGGCCCGUGCCGGAGACGCAAGCAGCAACCACCCCGAUCACCAACGGCAACGCGAAUGGGAAUGGCGUCAACGAUGUCAAGGUCUGAGGCCAGCAGUCGAGAGCUGGCCCGGCUGGGAAGUAGUCGCGCAUCUAGAUAUCGAUGCUACAGGUGAAGAGCAGAAUGUCGGCAAAAGAGGCGCAGGCGUGGAAGCCGUCUCACGGGUUUCUUCGUUUUCUUCUUAUUGUUUUCACAUGGCUUUGCGAGGAGUGCGAGAUUUAUGCUUUGAGCGAGUUCAUCUUGUUUGUGGCUUGGCAAUGCCGCGUGCGUCCUGUACUUACUUAUGAUCCUCAAUUACCAACACUGGCUACUUCUUUUACGGCUUUUUUUUUUUUUUUUUCACUUCAUCUCCACGCUCGUGAUCACGGGAAUCUCCAUGCACCUGUGACCAGAUGGGUCUGCUUCAAAAGGUUGUGGUCAAAUGAGU